GUGAAAAGAGAGAGAAAAGCAGUCACAAUGGCGGCGAGUGCAGGCUCGGUGUUUGCCAACGUUAAAAAGGGCAUCAAGGCCAAGGCUUAUGAUGCUGAGGGCCAGGAGGUUGCGUUUGAUGUGCGCGAUGACGAGGAGCAAUCCGUCAAGCUCAGCGAGACGGUGGACCUCCUGCUGGCUGCUGGCUACUUUCGCGCCCGGAUCAAGGGUCUCUCGGCCUUUGACAAGGUUGUGGGUGGCAUGACGUGGUGCAUCACUGCCAGUAACGUUGACGUGGAUGUUGACCUCCUUUUUCAGGAAAACUCGACCAUUGGUCAGAAAAUUGCACUCACCGAAAAGAUCGUCGCGGCCCUUCCCAUCAUGAAGUGUCCCCAUCGACUUGAGCCACAUCAAAUCCAAGGUUUGGAUUUUAUCCACAUUUACCCCGUCAUUCAGUGGCUCGUGAAAAAAGCCAUCGAAACUCGCGAGGAACGUGCCCUGCAGAUUCGCAGGCGCGCUCUCUUCGUCUUUGGCCAACAUGAAGAGUCACCUGAAGAGGCCAAGCGACAGGAGCGCUUGCCCGCCACUCAGCGCUCAUCACACGAUACAAAGGAGCACUAUGCACCCAAGCGGCGUUACCGUGCCCCUGCUUUGGGCAGCGCACCUGAUGAAGCCACUGCCGUUGAAACCACUUUGCUGGAAUACGGCCAGCGAUACGGCAUUCGUCGCAAGCAGGCCAAGGCCAAGUCUGCCAAGGAAGCUGCGGUCGCCGCAUCUCUUGGUGCUGAUGACACUGACGAUGCGGCUGCGGAAGAGGAGGCGCGCCGUUUGGACCAACUCAUGCAAACCAUGGGCGAAGCCGGCGAGGACAAAGUUUCCAAAGCCCGCUUGGGCUCAAUCAUCGAGCAGUCGACCAACGUUAUUUCCAAAUUGUCGGAUGAGUACCGUGCGCAUGCCGCAGAAGUUGCCAAGGCAGAUGAGGGUCGUCAGGGCGGGGUGGCCGCACAUAAGCGUGCCGUCCAAUCGCUGAACAAGCGCAUUGAUGCUGCGCAAUCCGAUCUUGAUGCGCUUCAAGCGCAGCGCGAUGAGACCCAUCGUCGCUAUGAGUCAGCCAAAGCUCGCCUGGCGGAGGCUCAGACCGAGCAUGCUCAGCUGGAGGAGGAGGCCCGUCAAUUGGACGGCCUUGAAGGCGACGAAAGUAACAAGCCCAUUAUCGAGAAACUGCGCACGCUUUUGGCCACGAUGGACGACCUCAAGGCGCGCCAAGGUGCCUUCAAGGCCACGUGUCAAGCAGAGAUGGAGCGCCUGCAGGGCGAGAUUGAGGGCUUGCGCGCCACAGGCGCCAUUCAGGUCGAUGAUGAGCGCGCCCAGGCGGUCCAGCAACAGCUCCAGGAGGAGCAGGCUCGUCUUGACAAGGCCAAGAUCUCCGCUUCCAAGCGUAACCGACAAGUAGCAUAUUUGGAGCGUCAACUCGAUCAGAUCCCGAGCCGUUCCGAGCUCAAACAGUACCAGCGCCGCUUUGUGGAGCUCUACGAGCAAAUCAACGCCAAGCAUCGCGAAACGCAACAUUAUUUUGCGCUGUACAAUACGCUGAGCGACACCAAAUCCUACAUGAUGAAUGAGAACUCGCUCCUACAGUCUAUUCAAGAAACCUUUCCCAAAGCUGUGCUGUCUACGAAUAACAAGCGCGCGUUCUUGGAUCAGCUCGCCAAGAUUGUCGAUGGCAUUGAUAACAACAAAGAGCGAUUGCGCGAAAAGGAAGGCAGUGCGCGCGAACGCCGUGAUCAGCUCAGUCAAGUGCAUUUGGCCUUGAUCGAGACGGAGCGGCGAUAUUUCAAGGCUGUGCGCGACUACGAGCAGGACAUGAAACGCAACGCCAAGUUGGCAGCUCAGCUUGCUGCCAAAACUGGCAGCGCUUAGAUGAUCAUGCUCACGGUUCGUGCCUCGGUUUUUUUCCUAGUUUUACUUUCGCCUUCAAGGGUCUUCAAUCAAAAGUAGUUUCUUCCUCCUCUGCUGACAAGCAACGGCUGUUUCGGCCACCUGCGGUGCGCAGUAUGCGGAAUUGCAUCACAAUUUUGAUGUUC